CCAACUGGGCAGCGGCCUCAUAAACCUGUCAAUCACUUGUGCAUGAUUCCUUUUCACUUUGACUGUUCUGGGCUAACUGGAACAAUCCCACUCUUCGGUGCUGUAAAAAUAAAGUAGACAUGAAUAAAACAGAAAAACCUGUAUCAACACUAUGGGGUUGCGAGCUAAGCAGUUCAAAUAAAGCUGGAACGUUCAAGACGGAUGACAGUAACCACCAACACCAACUGGCACUCAGAACUAUGUGCCUCGGUGCAGGCGCUAAAGAGGAGUUCAACAUCGUUGAGGUGAUUACGGGUGAACCAGAAAACGGGAAAGGUGUUCCCAUGGCAACUUUACACGCCAACGGCAUGCCCACGGUAAAUCUGUCCGGUUUAGAUCUGCACCCACCGGUAACGUUCAGGUUGAAAAGCGGCACAGGACCAGUUUACGUUUGCGGAGAGCACGUGGCACUGGAAGAGGACAUCUCAGACAGCGAUGAAGACAUGGCCGAAGAGUUGGAGGAAGAGGAGGAAGAAAUCGAGUCAUCACCGGAGAAGCCAGUUAAGAAACCAGCGGCUAAGAACGGCGUCACUGCUGGAAAGAGAAAGAAGCAAGAAGCGGAUGGGUCCGCGUCAGAUGGCGAGAACAACCCUCCCAAAAAGGGGAAGGGCCGAGGCAAGAAGAAGGCUUGAGCCGCCAUCGAUCGCUCCCCGUGGCCUGCCUUCUCAAGGCCCCUCUGAUCCGUCUGUUCAAUCAUGGGACGGUUCAAGCUGCUAUUAACCUGGUUUUGUGACUUAAUCCCACUUGUGCUUUCAAUAAAUAAAUAAAAAACAUUUGUAAUUCA